GCCUGAAAAAUGUUACUUCAGGCACUAGAAGAAACAUCCAUUUCCUUCACAAGUGGAGUCAGGGAACGGAUGAAGGAAAAGAAAAAUGGUGCUAUGAAGACGGCAAAGCUGAAUGCUUCUCUUGCAUCAAAGAUCAAAACAAAAACAAUAAAUAACUCCUCUAUAAUUAAGUUCUCCCUAAAACAGAACAACAAAGCAUUGGCUUUGGCUCUCAAUGCUGCAAAGGGAGCUAGUCAAAGACUAAUUGCUGAGAAGAUGCUACUGCAGAAAGAAGUGGAGUUGUGUCACUUUGAAAAUGCUUCCCUGCGCCGAAAGCUCUUCUCUGUGAACAAAUCUAUUAAUGAACUGCAGCAAUAUAUGAAUAGCCACUUGCAAAUAGCAAUCAAGCUGAGCAGACCUCAGGAUGAAGAGGAUGAAGCUGCAUUGGCACCUGAUCUGGACACGCCUUUUGGUGAAAACCUUUUGAGAACACCACGAUGUCCCAGGAGCUGCCUGCAGUCCGUCCUGAGUAACAGUUCAGCUCUGCGGCACUGCGAGGCGACUACAGCACCAUUCAGUGGUAGCGUGUUGUUAUUAGGUGGUCACGUGACUCAGAGGAAGAAGCGCAGCUCAUCAGCUGCACCUGGAGGUGAUUCUCAAAAGAAGUCAUCAGAUACGCUUCAGUGGACAAAGGAAUCGGAGCAGGUUGUUAAAGAGUAUAUUGAAGUCGGUCAGGUUGGUGAGCGUUUGGCACCGGACACCAAUAAUAAAAGCUAUGAGAUGAUCAAAGCCAAUGAAACCACAGCUGUAAAAAAAGUGAGUAUGGGGAAUGCGCACAGGAGCUCUUCUGCUUUCAGGCAGCUGAAAGGACACUUGGAUAAUGAUAACAGUGGAAGGAGGAGUACUUUUGUGGUAGUACCAUACAAAACCUCCGAAUCGAACAAUAGCGUGAUGACAAUUCCUGAGCCUGCACGUCACACUGAAGAGUCAAGUCAAGUCGAUUCUCUGGAAGAAAGACUGCCACUGAACAGCUGCGGUCAGAAGGAGGCAGAUAGUACCCAGCACCGUGAUAAAGGCAGAAGUUGCAGGCUGACAUGUGUAGUGCACCAGACUAUUCCAAAGCAGGUAGAUGACUGCAACACUUUGACUCGGGAAAUUGAAAAAAGAACAUUCUUGGAAAAAAUGAAGAAUUCAGAAAGUCAGUUCCAAAAUCCAGAUACUAUCUCAUUAAGCAAUAAACUACAAGAUAAAAAGAGCAGUGCCUGCAAUGUGAAACAUACUCCCCAGUGUUCUGAUAAAAACAGGGAUUGCAGAAGGACCUAUGUAGUGGAUCAGACUUCUCUAAGCAAUGUAGAUGAACGCAGUGCUUUGAUCCAGGAAACAAAAAAAAGAACAUUCUUGGAAAAAAUGAAGAAUCUAGAAAGUCAGUUCCAAAGUGUAGAGUCUAGCUCUAUAUUAGAUGGAAAAAGCUAUGCCUGCAAUGUGAAGCAUACUCCCCCAUGUUCUGAUAAAACCAGGAGUUGUAGAAGGACCUCUGUGUUAGAGCCAGGUCCUUUAGAUUAUCAGAACAAUUGUGCUCCCAUUGCACAUGAAGGAAAUGCACCCUCGGAAAACUUAGAGGAUCGAGGAAUUGUGUUCCGAAGUCCGGAGUUUAGCUUGUUAAGCAACAAAGCACCACUGCAUGCUCUUGCUACAAAACAGUCGAUUGGUUUCCAAAAGCAGAUUCCUGGCGAAGAAGCAACACUGGAUCUGAAUGUGAAGCAUAAAAAGCCCAGGAAGAAGACCCAGGAAAUUUGUUUACAACAGGAGAUCAAUGAGAUGGAGCUACUGCAGCCUCAAGAAACCAAGGCUAAAGGAGGCCACAAACACAAAACAGUUAAAGCGGGCAAGGAUAAUGCAGGGAUCGAACAUGGGGAAACGGACAUGGGUCUGAGUGCUCAAAGAGUCAAUAAAAGGAAGAGAAAGAAUUUGAGUCUCACUUCUCAAUCGACAAGUCAAGCAGAUGCAACCCCCGUUUUCUCUCCAGGAAAUGCGCGUUCUGCAUUUCGAGGUUCAUUGACUGGUGAUGCUCCUCCUAACAGUGACUGUAGGAACUCUGCUAACACAGUCCCAAAGGUUCAGGGUUCCUCGACUAUUGAGAACAUUUCUUCUUCAAGCAAAACAAAGAGUGGCUCCUCAGACAAGAAAUCUUGGGGUGUCAACAGUCCUGUGGUUCCCUGGAAGAAAGACUUCACCCUGAAGUUAAACAAGAGAGCACACACGGUAAAUGAUAUGUCAAAAGAGAAUGUUGCUUCUGUUUUUGCCCUUCAGAACUCAGAGGAACGUGAAAUCACUUCAGCAGAUCAGGUAGGAUGUCUGUCUCUCCACGUUUCAGGUUCCAGGACUCUGCAAGAUUCCUUCCAUAAGGAUCUUCCUAAGGCUUCACCUCUGGCUGAUUCUGUGGCUGUAUGUCCCAAAACUCCUGAGUCUUCUGCAGUUGGUCUUUCUAAGACCACCUUACCUCGUUCUUGUAGUUCUGUUCAGUUACAUUAUGCACUUCAAAAUCAGGUGCCCAAAGUCUCAACAGCCUUAAAAAAUGAUUCAAAGCAAGUGGCUUCUGGCAGAUGUGAGAAAAAGACAGCACAUGCAAUUCCUGAAACCUUGCAAAACACAGCACAAGGAAAAGAGGACAAGGUCCUGCAAGAUUCGACCAAUUCUAUCCCUCUGGAAUCACCUCCAACACGGCCAAGAAGACAGACAAAAGAAGUUUGCUAUGCACUGCCCAAGAUCAACAUCAAACUGAGGCGUGGUGACCCAUUUACAUAUUCUAUCUACCCCGGGUCCCCUGUGUACAACACUAAAAGAAAGAGGUUGACCAGAGGAUCUGGAAAGUCCAAGAAAACCUAA